AUGAGAGCAGGAGGUUGCACUUUGCAACAAGCUUUAACAGCUGAGGCCACGAGAGUAGUAACCCAAGCAGUGAACCUUGCUAAGCGUCGUGGCCAUGCUCAAGUUACUCCUCUCCAUGUGGCUAACACCAUGCUUUCUGUUCCAACAGGCCUGUUGAGGAAAGCUUGCCUUCAGUCCAAUGCUCACCCUCUUCAUUGCAAAGCCCUAGAGCUUUGCUUCAAUGUUGCGCUUAAUCGCUUACCAGCCUCCAAUUCUAGCCCCAUGUUAGGCACUCAAUCCCAACCUCCUUCAAUCUCUAACGCCUUGGUUGCUGCUUUCAAGCGCGCUCAGGCUCAUCAACGGCGAGGGUCUAUUGAGAAUCAACAGCAGCCACUCUUAGCGGUAAAGAUAGAGUUAGAGCAACUCAUAAUUUCUAUCUUAGAUGAUCCUAGUGUUAGUAGAGUCAUGAGAGAGGCUGGUUUCUCUAGUACCCAAGUGAAAAGCAAUGUAGAACAAGCUAUCUCCUUAGAAAUAUGUUCACAAAGUACUCCUUCUUCUGUGAGUAGCAAGUCUAAGGAAACUAAUCAAUUAGCCCUCUCACAGUCUCAACCUGUCAGUCAAAGUGGCACACUACUAGGCAAACCAAUGAUAUCUGAACCAGUUAGGAGUGAGGAUGUUAGGAGUGUCAUAGAUAAUUUGAUGAGCAAAAGAAGGAGAAGUAUUGUGGUUGUUGGAGAGUGUCUUUCUACUCUUGAUGGUGUGGUUAAAGGAGUGAUGGACAAGGUUGAUAAUGAAGGUGUUCCUCAGGCCUUGAGAGAGGUAAAAUUUAGAACAGUUAAUCUAUCUUCUUUUGGGAGUCUCUCUAGAGUAGACGUUGAACAGAAACUUGGAGAGCUUAAGAGCCUUGUAAAGAGCUGUAUGAGCACAGGGAUUGUCUUGUAUUUGGGAGAUCUUAAAUGGGCUACUGAUUAUAGGGCUAGUUUGAAUGAACAAGGGAGGGGCUAUUACUGUCCUGUGGAGCACAUGAUAAUGGAGCUUGGAAAAUUGGUUUGUGAAAUUGGAGAGAUUGCCAGGUUUUGGAUCAUGGGAAUUGCCACUUUCCAAACUUACAUGAGAUGUAAAUCAUCAUCAUCAUCAGGUCAUCCAUCACUAGAGACUAUUUGGGGUCUUCAUCCUCUUACAAUCCCUGCAGGCAGCUUACGCUUGAGUCUCAUCACUGACAGUGACCAACAAAGUCAGUCCACAAGCAAGAAAGCUGAAAAUGGAACUAGCUGGCUACUACUUGAAGGUGGGGAGGAGCACCAGCUUGCCUGCUGCACCGAGUGCUCAGAAAAGUUUGACAUGGAAGCUCGAAGCUUGCAAAGCAGCAGUACUUGUAACAGUGACUCCACUACUUCAAGUCUUCCUGCAUGGCUCCAACAGUACAAAAAUGAGAACAAAGGACUUAGCCCUAAUAAUGAUCAGAACUGUGUCCCAGUCAGAGAGCUUUGCAAAAAGUGGAACUUAUUUUGCAGUUCAAUCCACAAACAACCCUAUUCUUCUGAAAAGACCCUUACAUUCUCUUCUUUAUCACCUUCUUCAUCCGCUUCAGGUUUUUCACAAGACCAACAAUACCCUAAUUUUCACCACACUCACCAUGAGUGGCCAGUGGCAGAACACAAACAGUUGUGGAUGCAAAACCAUGUUUGGAUAUCUGAAAAUUCCAACAUGACCAUUGAACCAAGUUUGAGAAUGUAUAUUCCAGAACAUAAUGAUCCCAAACAACCCUUUUCAUCAAAUCCUAAUUCUACACCUAAUUCAACUUCUUCCAGUGAUGCCAUGGACACAGAUUACACCAACAAGUUUAAGGAGUUUAAUGCAGAAAACCUGAAAACCCUAUGCAGUUCAUUGGAGAAAAAGGUUCCAUGGCAGAAAAAUAUUGUUCCCGAAAUUGCAGGCACAAUAUUACAAUGCAGGUCUGGCAUGGUAAGAAGAAAAGGGCCAGCGAGAAACAAUGAGGUCAAAGAAGAAACUUGGUUGUUCUUUCAAGGUGUUGAUGUGGAAGCUAAAGAAAAGAUUGCUAGGGAAUUGGCUAAGCUUGUUUUUGGCUCUCAAAGCAGUCUCAUUUCAAUUUCUUUGAGUAGCUUUUCAUCCACAAGAGCAGAUUCAACUGAGGAUUGCAGAAAUAAAAGAUCAAGGGAUGAACAAAGUUGCAGUUAUAUAGAGAGAUUUGCAGAGGCAGUGUCUAGUAAUCCUCAUAGGGUGUUUUUAGUUGAGGAUGUGGAGCAAGCUGAUUAUUGCUCUCAAAUGGGUUUUAAGAGAGCAAUUGAAAGAGGAAGGAUUGCCAAUUCUAAUGAUGAAGAAGUUGAUCUUAGUGAUGCUAUCAUUAUUUUGAGCUGUGAAAGCUUCAGCUCAAGAUCAAGAGCCUGUUCUCCUCCAAUCAAGCAAAAAUCAGAAGGGUCUGAAGAGGAUAAGGGUGCAAUGGAGGAGGCAAGCCCUUGUGUGUCUCUGGAUUUGAAUAUUUCCAUCGAUGAUGAUAACUCCAAUGAUCAUUCAAUCGAUGAUAUUGGGCUUCUUGAAUCUGUUGAUAGAAGAAUUAUUUUCAAAAUUCAGGAAUUAUGAAAAAAGGAAAAGUAUUAAAAAAGAAGAAGGGAAAACCUCAGGAAGGAUAUGGUAUUAAGUAGGUGGCCUCGUUUCUUGUACUUCUUUUUUUCACCUUUAAUUUUUUUUUUUUUUUUUGUAAUUUUCUUUGUUUAUCAUGUGUUUAGAUUCUCAGACAAUUUCCUAGCGUUGGAAAUUAUAUUAUGUAAAACUACAUGUAUAUUAAUCCAUGCAUGAGCUUCCUGUGAUACUUGGGUGUAUUUCCAUCACUUUUUCUAGAGGUUUUUGACUAGAGAUUCAGUAGCAUUUCAAUUUGAUUUCAU